GAGACAUUAUAUAUAAUCUCAAUUGACAACUUGGCCACACACAUCUGAGCCUCAGUGUGGCGAAAGUGGUUUUACUGUCUCGAUGCUUAAACUCUGAAGAAGAGUCAGCUGACUGACCCAAACAGUCUGCUGCAUCAGGAAACACCAUUCACACAGCUGCAGCAAUGAAGAAGAAUAAAGGCAAAGCCAACCCUACGACCGGGAAGGAGUUUGUGUUUGACUUCAAGGCAGGGAAACACAACUGUGUCCUCAAAGUGCCUCUGCAGUUUCCUGUUCAAGAGAACGUCAGUGACCUUCACGGACGUCUGAUGCUGUUGCAUAAAAUCCCCUGCUACAUAGAAAACGAGCUGAAACACUCGCUUUCUAUCUUCAUCGAGAAGGAGACCAUCCUGGAUUACGACAGAGAGGCAGAGCUGGCCCUGCAGAGACUCUCAACGGGAGAAGUAGAUGUGAACCAGCUCACCAAUGCAUGGACCAGGUCUUAUGUGGAGACUACACUGGAGCACGCUCGACCCGAGGAGCCGAGCUGGGAUGAGGACUUUGCAGACGUUUACCACGAGCUGAUCCACUCUCCUGCCUCGGACACACUUCUAAACCUGGAGCACAACUACUUUGUUAGCAUCUCUGAGCUCAUCAGUGAGAGAGACAUGGAGAUUAAGAAGCUGCAGGAGAGGCAAGCCUCAGAAAUGGACAAAGUGAUGCACGAGCUGGGGAACACUUUGAGUGACCAUGACGUCAACACUGUUGCCUCUCAACACUUUGAUGCACAGCAGGUGUUGGAGAACAAAUGGGCGAGCGAGCUGAAGCAAGUAACCGGCAUUCAGAAGCAGGAGUAUCAGGAGUGGGUCAUCAAACUGCACCAGGACCUGCAGAAGUCCAACAACAGCAGCAAAAUCAAUGAGGAGAUCAAGGUGCAGCCCAGUCAGCUGUCGGAGGUGGCUGACCCGGGGGCGAGGAUGUUUGAGGAGCAGCCUCAGCUGGAGGAGAGUUUCACCAUUCACUUAGGAGCACAGCUGAAGACGAUGCACAACCUCCGUCUGGUGCGGGCAGACGUGCUGGACUUCUGUAAGCACCGGUGGCACGGCAGCGGUGGAGUGAAGCUGAGGCGGCUGCAGACGGCCCUCUCUCUCUACUCGUCCUCGCUCUGUGGUCAGGUGUUGUUGGUCGACAACAGAGUAAACUCCUACAGUGGCAUCAAGAGAGACUUUGCAACUGUAGCAAAGGAGUGCACAGACUUCCACUUUCACUGUCUGGAGGAGCAGCUGGAGGAGGUGCAGCAGGUGGUGCUGUAUGCACGAGCCCAGCGGAGCCACAAACAGAAGGAGCAACCCGAGGUGCCAAGGAAUGGAGGUGAUGACAAGAGCAAAAAUGUUGAAAGAAAUCCGUCCAACAUCUUACCAGGUGAGUUUUACAUCUCACGGCACUCCAACCUGUCAGAGUGCCACGUUGUCUUCCACCUGUGUGUGGACGAUAAUGUGCGCUCAGGGAACAUCACGGCUCGGGACCCGGCCAUCAUGGGUCUGAGAAACAUCCUGAAGGUGUGCUGCACGCACGACAUCACCACCGUCACCGUGCCUCUGCUGCUGGUCCACGACAUGUCGGAGGAGAUGACCAUACCGUGGUGUCUUAAGAGAGCCGAGCUGGUUUUCAAAUGUGUCAAAGGCUUCAUGAUGGAGAUGGCCUCAUGGGACGGAGGUAUUUCACGCACAGUCCAGUUUCUAGUGCCAAAGAGUAUCUCAGAGGAGAUGUUUUACCAGCUGAGCAACAUGCUGCCUCAGAUCUUCCGCGUCUCCUCCACCCUGACUCUCACCUCCAAGAACUGAUGAAAGACGAUGCUCCACGUUCAAUCACGCUUAUUUACAAAGCAGUAAGAAGUUGUGAUUCUUGUUUUUUUGUAAUUUGGGAUCUCUGAAUGAACAGAUUUGCUGAAGCAGCACACAAGCUCCAUUCAUGUGAACAAAGUAUUGUGGCAUUAAACACUUACAAUAGAAGGGACAUGGUUGAGCUUAGCUUUUCUUUUUGCAGCUACACAAGUUGAACAGUCUGUAAAUGUCUCUUCCUGGAGGCAGAGUGCAUUCAGUGGUUCACCAAAGCAGCUGCUGCAAUUAUCAUUUGAAGCCUCCAGGGUGCCGUUAUGGUGACAGAGUUUUAUGACAUCACGGCUUCAUCCAGCAGUGCAGCAAGUAUUCAAGUGUUCAGGGGCGUGUCCAGACUUUUUAAAACUGGGGGGGGGGGCCCACCUGGGGCCCUGACUUAUGCCGGGGUGGCAUGACAUUUGUGGGCACACUCACGCAAAUGAAUUUCAUUUUUUAACUCUUUCUAUCCCCACAAAUGAUUUGUACUUGUAAGUAACGCAAUUUGGCAACAGAUAAGUGAGUCAAAAACAAAGAUGUAUGUGCAAAGUCAGCAUUUAAAGUACUUGGAAAUUUACAUGAACACACUUGUACAAUGUCUAAAGACCCUGACACACCAAGGAGAUCAUCGGCCGUCGGUCCUACUUGGACCCUCGGUGAGCUGUCUUCGCCCUAUUUUUUUUGUCCGUCUCCGUGGCUUCCCGUCGGCCCCUGUCUGCCUUUUUUAUGCAGAUUCAGCAUGUUGAAUCGGCGUCGGCUGUCAGUGAGAGGAAUCUCUCUGAUUGGCUGUUUGGAGGUUUUAUUUGUCUCCAGCUCUCCUCACAGGUUCAGGAAAGCCCCUUGAGCAUGCCGCUGUAGUAUUCAUGCUUUCACCCAUUAGUGCGGUUUCUCCUUAUUUGUCUCCUCAGCCUCUUCUUUUCUUUUUCCACUAAAAGACCAAGGGCUGACAACGCCAGCACCAUUUUCAACUUUUUAUCAGACAUUCUCCAUUAGUAGGCUACCUAUAAUACGAGUGGUGACUGACUUCUCGUAUCAUAACAAUGCUACCGCCCCCUGCUGGCAUGGAGAGGUGUUUCCUUUCACACAUGAGCAGAACGUACGUGGUGGUUGGCCGUCGGCUGUAGUCUUUGCGGUGUGUUCAAGUGCAACUUUUUGGCCAAGAUGUGAGGCGCCACAGGCCUCUGCUUUGUGUGUCGGGGCCUUUAGACCGUGUGCAUGAGUCUUUCCUUGGAUAUUUUAUUGGAAGAGCCAAGUAUUUAUUUCCAACUGAAAGUACUACUGUUAAUGUGUUAAAGCAACCAGAAUUGUUGAUUUUUACUUAAGGGUUAGGGUUAGCCUCUGAUUAGGAAAAUAUCCAAUCAUAGAUUUGGAUUCUGGGGUGGCACCCCUCUGGACACGCCCCUGCUAUAAAUGUAAUCAACCGAGCAGAUGAAGUUUAUGGAAAAACACAGUUUUUGUUUACUGAUGUGACGGAGCUGGUUGGAACCAAGCGAACAGAUGUGACCUAACAAACCUCAGCGACAUUAUUCAAUAGCAGAGUUAGCAACCGCGCUGAUUGUGACUUUUCUGUGUGUGUGUUUUCACCACACAGAAACGCACAAAUCAUUUUAUCCGCACAUGGAUUUCAGAAGACAUCUCGUCUCAGCUUUGAAGUCAUGUUUUUGUGUUUCAGUGUCCAGUGUGGGGUCCCUGUCAAUCAAACACUUCAUCUAUUAAUGAAUUAUGAGUCAGAUAUCACACUUCAGCCAUAGUAGAACAUGAAGCUGUGUGAACUUUAAGGACAUGGCGUCUUAUUUGAGGAACUGAUGCGUCCUUUAAAGAGUCGACUCUUUUACACCUGAAGCCUGGGGGUGUUACUGCCGGGAUGAGCGAUGUGCCCGUGUGUUCAUGCUGCAUUGCAGUGAGUUGUAGUGAGGACCACUCUUUAUGUGUGUGUGUGUGUGUGUGUGUGUGUGUGUGUGUGUGUGCGCACGUGUGUGUGUGGUCCCUCCCCUCUACCUCUGUAACAGCAGAUGGCACUGUUUUUAGAGACAAAGAUGUGAAAAGAAGGACCACACACACACACACACACUCCUCUUAUCAGAAGAGAUACAGUUCACUGCCUGCAUCAAUGAGUUUGACUAAAUAUAUAAAUAUUUAAAUAACCUCCACACUGAUCAUGAGUAAGGGGAAGGUGUUGUGAAAAGUUCAGCCUCAAUGUUCUUGUAUCUGAAAUGUAAUUCAAACAUUUGUUAAAUGUGUCGACUAAUCGAGCCAGAUGUUCCAGUGUCUUCUGUUUAUUUAUUUCUGUACAUGUUUACAUUUUAUGUUUUAAUAAAAACACUGAUUACA